AUGGCUACCACUACGACUGCAGGAUCGCGAGAUUCGCCGCUGCCACCCAUCUCAGAAGAGCAAGUCAAGAGUCGUCUGGGCAUCAAUGAUGGCGCCUCUUCGUCCAACUCGUCUGCAGGAUACAAGAUGGCGCCCGGCGCCUUGACUCCUGCCUUUGGCCUUGGUGACUAUGCGCGUUUCUUCGCCUCGGGUGCGCUUUGUGCUACCCUUACCCACGGAGCCAUGACUCCAAUCGACGUCGUCAAGACACGUAUUCAGCUCGAACCCAAGGGAUCCAAGGAGACCAUGCUCUCCAUGGGACGCAAGAUUGUCUCUACCGAAGGCCCAGCUGGGCUUCUUACUGGCUUUGGCCCCACUGCUGUCGGUUACCUCAUCCAAGGCGGUGCCAAGUUUGCUGGAUACGAGUUUUUCAAGAAGAAGGGGGUGGACUGGGCUGGCAGCCACGAAGCCGCUCAACAGUACCGUCAGGUCAUUUACUUGGGUGGUGCCUCGGCUGCAGAGGUGAUUGCAACCACCUUGCUCACCCCGCUCGAGGCUGCUCGAAUCCGUCUUGUUUCCGAACGAGGCUACGCAAAGGGUCUCGUUUCAGCCAUCACUCGUAUGGGCGCCGAAGAGGGUUUGGCUGGAUUCUACGCCGGCUACGCACCCAUCCUGUGCAAGCAGGUGCCUUACGCCAUUGGUCAAUUCGUCACCAACGAAUGGGCCCACACCGUCGUUGACUCCACCGUCUCGAAAGAAGAGCGCGCAAAGUAUGGCAAGGCUGGCGAGGUUACCGUUCAGCUCGGUUGUGGUAUGGUUGCCGGUGUCGCUGCCGCCGUUCUAUCUCAUCCCGCCGACACCCUGCUGAGCAAGAUCAACAAGGGAGGAGGAGGAAAGGGCAGCGCCAUGACCAAGCUCAUCCGCUUGGCAGGCGAGACUGGUCCUGUCGGUAUUUGGGCAGGUCUAGGCACAAGGGUGCUCAUGACCGCUUUCCUCGUCAGUGGUCAGUUCUUGCUCUAUGCGCAAAUCGGACAGCUGAUCGGCAAGCCUCCCGGUAUCGAGAUCCGAUCCGACAGCGAAAAGCAGCAAUGA